AUGCCCAGCGUAAAGGAUCGUUGGAAAAACUGGAGGACUAGGAAAACAAGGAGUCCGAACGAUAGCUCUAGCGUUGUCGCCUCCCCCACUCCCCCGCCAACAGACAGCGCAAAAGUCCCGUCCAGCGACGUGGUGGACUCGCCUCCUUCCUCGGAUCCAUCUGGGAAGAAGGCCGAAGUGAUAAUCGCGACCUCCGGGAAUCGUCAGCCGACAACGACGUCACCUUUCAAAGCGACGUUGGAUGUCUCAUCCGAUACUGCUGACCAUGCGCAUAUUCCCCACUCUGUCUCGCUGGUUGUCGAUCCUGCGCAGGACCAUCCCGGACCCGAAGAGCACUUGACCAAACAGAGCGCAGAGCUUUCCAUAUCCCAGAGAAUCUGGAAUGCCGCUUACGAUAGCCUUGAAGAGGACAAGGAUACUGCUGAUCUGGUCAAGUCUUACAUGAAGACUCUCACUGCAGUUCUCAAGGCCGAGAAAUCUUCUGGUGACUCCGCCCCUGACGACGAUGAGCUUGCUGCCCAAGAGCAAAGUCCAACCACGCGUCAGGAAUAUCUGAAGAGAUUAGUCAACGAUGGUCAGAAAAAAAUUGAAACAUCGUCAAAGAUCAAAAUGGCAGUGGGUGAUGUCGCGCAAUUCAUCCUUUCCGCCAAAGGGAUGAUCGACCUCGCGAUUCAGAACAUUCCGCAGGCUGCGCUCCCGUGGGCUGGUGUUUGUAUCGGGUUACAAAUCCUCCUGAAUCCGGCGCAGGCCACCAAGUCUAACCUGGCGGGCAUCGCUCAUGUUACCUCAAGAAUGGACUGGUAUUGCGCCCUAACCGAACACCUCUUGAACAAGAACAAUAUUAUGAUCGGAACGGAGUCUUUUCAAGAGGUCUUAGAACUGGUGGAGAAGGCAGUUGUGCUGCUCUACAAGGAGCUCCUCCUCUAUCAGAUGAAGAGCGUCUGUUCCUAUUACCGGCAUCGAGGCGUUGGAUUCCUGCGCGGACUAGCCAACUUGGACGACUGGGAUGGUGAUUUGGCGCGUGUUAAGGACGCUGAAAUCGUCGUGCGGGAGUACUCGGAGCAAUAUUACCGAGAGUAUCACAAGAGCUCUCUGCGCCAGCUCGUCGACUCUGGUAGUGAGAUGGAGAAAUAUCUCGGUGACAUUCAUCAGAACUUGCGAGAAUUUAUCGCCUUGCAAAAGACAACGCGAAGGAGCGAUGAGGACAAGGAAUGCCUCCAGGAUCUCUUUGCAGUGGACCCGCAGUACGAUCUGAAGGACAUUGAGGAGAAAAAGGAUAAAUUGCUUGACGAUGCGUAUGACUGGGUCUUUAGCACCGAUGAGUACGCCGCAUUUACCAAUUGGCUCGAUGACGGGCGCAACGGAGCAUCCUGCUGUGUGCUGUGGAUAGACGGACCUGCCGGCACCGGAAAGACGAUGCUCCUCAUGGGCAUCAUACGCAAGUUCUCCGGUCAGCCCUCCGCCCUUUCACCGAGUGUCUCGUACUUCUUCUGUCAAGGUACAGAUCAGACCCGGAACAGUGCAACGACCAUCUUGCAAUCGCUGGUUUGGCAGCUACUGGUGCAGCAACCAUCUCUCAUCUCGCACCUUCGAGACCUGCGUAGAAAUGCUGGUGCCCCUCUUUUAAGAGGCGAGCGCGCAUUUUAUGUGCUAUCCGACGCACUUCACAGCAUGCUAAAAGACCCUUGCCUCUCCCCAAUAUAUUUCGCUAUCGAUGCCCUUGAUGAGUGUGAUCGGAAAACUCCGGGCCUGGACCAGCUUCUUCAGCUGAUUGAUUCUACGCUUGCUCUCUCCAGUAAGGUGAAAUGGCUGGUCUCUAGCCGUCCGGAGAUUCUUGUUCACGCAGGCGGCAAGCAGCUCAAGGAUAUUCAUGCUUCAACAGUUUCCGUCACGUUGGACCCUGGGCGUCUGGAAGGACCAGUCAACGCAUAUAUUGACCAUAAGCUUGACAGCAUGAAGGGAAAAGACGGUUAUGAUACGGAUACCUUGGCGCAGCUUUCGGACGAGAUCCGCCAGCGAGCUAUGUCCACGUUCCUCUGGGUGGCAUUAGCGUUGAAAGAACUGGAUGGAGUGGAUGGGUGGGACGCCGUCGAGACCAUCCAAAGGAUCCCCUCCGGCUUGUCGAAUGUGUACGAACUAAUUAUGGCCCAAAUAGAGAAGGGCAGUCCGGAAAACCAAAAGCGGUGCAAGAACAUAUUAGUCGCUGUGGUUCUCGCAUAUCGUACUCUCUCGCUCCCUGAGCUUGCCAUUCUUGCUGGACUGCAACCAAAGAUUAACCCUCGGACAAUUGUCGAGAAAUGCGGCUCAUUCCUGACCAUAUCUGGCCAAACCGUCUCUCUGAUCCACCAGUCCGCCAAGGACUAUCUCGAGGCAAACUACACAACAAAACUGGGUAGUGGCAUCGGCCAAGGCAAUGCGGACCUCAGCACGCGCUCAAUCAAUGCGAUGGGUUCGAUACUGCGGCACAACAUCUAUGCUUUGCCGUAUCCAGGCUUUAAGACAAGUGAUGUAACGCCGCGUGACCCGGACCCGUUGGCUCCAAUACGGUACUCCUGUGUUUUUUGGGUCGGCCAUCUAUGCAAAGCAAGAAGUCAGGGCUUUGAGAACGACCUGAUCGAGGGAGGGGCAAUCCUUAGAUUUUUAAAAGAGCAUUUCCUCCACUGGCUGGAAGCAUUGAGUCUUGUCGGUGGGAUUUCGGAGAGCAUCAGGCUCCUGAAGGAAUUACAGACUGCUGUUGACUCCUCCAGCAACACUGAACUAUCUGCGUGCCUUCGCGACAUGCAUCGAUUUAUCCGUUUCUUCCGUCAAGUGAUUGACAUAGCGCCGCUCCAGGCGUACUUCUCAGGUCUUGUUUUUGCCCCGCAAAGGAGCCUGAUUCGGCAGACGUUUGAGAAAUUCUUGCACAUCUGGAUAUCUCAUAUACCCGUCCCGCGAUUGGAUUGGAGUCCUCGCCUAUAUACGCUUGACCAUAGGUCUACACCCGAAUCGCUAGCGUUCUCAGCAACCGGCGAUCGACUUGCAUCGGGCUUGGACGAUGGCACUAUAGAAAUAUGGGACACAGCGACAGGUGAUUGCAUGCAGACACUUCAGGGCCAUGAUCGCAUGGUUAUUUCAGUAGCCUUCUCAAGAAACGGAAAUCUACUAGCAUCAGGGUCAAGCGAUCACAUUAUCAAGAUCUGGGAUACAGCCAGUGGAGAUUGCGUGCAAAUAUUCCAGGACCAUACUGGUCCGGUCUCCUCGCUAUCCUUCUCAGCAACUAGUAAGCAGCUUGCAUCAGGUUCGUCGGAUGAGACCAUCAAAAUCUGGGACGUUGCCGCCGGCAAAUGCGUGCAGACUGUUGAACUGAACUAUGCAGUCCACUCAGUAGCCUUCUCAAACACCGAUGCUCGACUAGCAGCAGGCUUGGAUGGGGGCAGUACCAUAAUCUGGGACACCGCCAAAUGCAAACAUAUGCACAAACUUGGACACAAUCGUGCCCCUGUCGAAUCAGUAGCGUUCUCGGCGGAUGAUAAGCGACUUGCUUCCGGGGAAUGGAAUGGCAGGAUUAAGAUCUGGGAUACAGCCACAGGUGCUUGCUUGCACACACUUAAUGGCCAUGUGGAUAGGGUUUUGUCUGUAAGCUUCUUAAGAGACAGAGAUCAACUGGCAUCAGGCUCAUUCGAUGGGACCGUUAAGAUGUGGGACACGGCCACAGGCGAAUGCAUGUGGACACUUGUGGGCCAUAGUAGUAGUGGGAGCAUCUUGUCAGCGACCUUUUCAGCAACCGGUGAUAAGCUCGCAUCGGGCGGGUUUAGUGAUACUGAGGUUUGGGACACGCUCAUAGUCAAUAACACGACUCCAAUUCAGAGCCAUACGGAAGGGGUCAAGUCGGUCGGCUUCUCAGCAAGUGGUCAUCGACUAGUGUCACUCUCGUGGGCAGGCACAGGCACUGUUUCGAUCUGGGACAUAGUCACCGGCAAAUGCAUACGCAUGCUCGAGAGACCGGUUGAUUGUGCCCAUGCUGCAUCAGUAGCCUUCUCAAUGGCUGGUGAUCGAGUGGCUUUGGGCUUAUUCGACGGUGAUAUCGAGAUCUGGGACGCAGACACAGGAGAAUGCAUGCACACGUUUGAGAACCAAGGUCAUAAACGUUCUUGGAUUCAAACAUUAGCCUUCUCAGCAAAUGGCGAGCAGCUCGCAUCAUGCUCAUGGGGUGGCUACAUCAAGAUCUGGGACACAGUCAGAGGCGAAUGCAUGCAGACACUUCAUGCACUUCAUGAUCUUCAAGUUCCAUUAAUAGCCUUCUCAGCAACUGGUGAGCGACUGGCAUCAGGCUCAAGGGAUGGUAUCAUCAAGAUGUGGAGGACUGCCUCGAGAAAUUGCCUGUGGAAUAUUCGGGGCCAUAGACGUCAAAUCACGUCGCUGGCCUUUUCCGGGACUGGCAAUCGACUUGCAUCAGGAUCAGAGGAUUACACUGUCAAGAUUUGGAACACGGCCACGGGGGACUGCAUACAAAUGUUCAAGGUCGGCAGUUUUAUACACCAGCUACUUUUCGAUCCUACGUCUACGUACCUUGUCACCGAAAUUGGUCGUAUUAAGGUUGAUUUAUCAUCUCUUACCCCGACGAUGGAGUCUACAGACAUUACACAAGAGCAGACCUACAUUGAUCAAGAGAGCAGAGAAGUUCUCGACAAAGAGGAUGGCGAAGGCAACAAUGAUGAGUUGAAAGAACAGGCAGAAGGAGGGUAUGAAGCAGAGUCAUUCGCAGAGGAGCAAUCCGCCGAGGCUGGCGGUCUGACUAGCAACGAUGAUCAGUCAGAAGAUAAGUUAUUCGAAGAGGAACAAUCGGUCGACGAGGAAUCAGCUGAUGAUAAAUCUGUUGGUGAGAAAUCGGCUGCCGGGGAAUUGGGCGCGGAGGAGCCCGCCGACGCAGGCAGUCUGGCUAGCAACAAUUGUCAGUCAGGAGAACAGCUAUUCGAAGAAGAACCAGCUGACGAUCAAUUGGUUGACGAUGAAUCAGCAGACACGGAAUCAGUUGAGUGGGAAUCAGACGAGGAGGAUCUUGUGCCUGUUUCAGCUGCCUCCUACUCAGAGACAGAGGUUUCUGGCUACGGUUUGAGCCUGGACCGUACCUGGAUUACGCGUGACGGUGAUGAUUUGAUUUGGCUACCUGCCGAAUUCCGCCCCGAAUCCGGGUGCUCGGCUGUACACGGCAACACGGUUGCCAUCGGUUGUCGAUCGAGGGGUCAGGUCCUUAUUUUCGGCUUCACGCCAAAUGGAUAUUCCCCUGGCAAUUAA